GCAAUGGUGGCUGUGAAUGAGCCUCAUCGCUCUGUCUGCUGGUUCCGCAAUGUUGUCUGUGUAGCAGCGCCAAAAUUUUAGCCACAGAGGCCAACAUCUCCGCAAUAUGCCCACUAUCAACAGUCCAUUCGCGGCACAGCAACUAAACCCAAGCGCUGGACUCGUCAAGCUAGCUGUUUAGCACGCGUGUGUUACUGGACAUUCCGAUGAAACCGACAAUGGCACGGCCGGCAGAACUUCUCCGCAUACCGUUUCGGAUAUUAGCAGUGGUGACCGUGUUGCUUCCCUUCACUUCGUUCGUCUUCUGUGUCCUGUGGUCGCUGCUGUACAACUUUUCUUCAGUCACGUCGACGCACUGUGGGGUGGCAAACUAUCUUCCAUCUGUCAGUGCAGCGAUAGGGGGCCACACACCACAGCGCUACAUUUGGCGCUUUGGGAUCGCCCUACAUUCUGCUCCUAGGAUUCUCAUCAGUGCUAUGUACCAUCGCUACUACCAGAACAUGCUUGACACCCAACAUCAGUAUGUUGCCCGAAUUGCCUUCUGUAUAAACGUUGCUGAGAUCCUCACACUGCUGGGCCUCUCCAAUGUCACAUCUACUGAAAAUUAUGCUGUCCAUGAAAAGAUGUUUGUAACAUUCAUAUUGUGCUCCCUUAUGUACAUGAUACUGUGCUGUGUUAUACCAAGUCUCGGUCGAAGACGUUCACUCUCAGGACUGGAAGCAUACUCCUUGAAGGUGAAGAAGCAGCUGACUGCAAUGUCUGUCAUCCUUUCUCUUCUGUGUACCUUCUUUUUCGUUCGACAUACCACACACUGCGAACCAGGAAUGUACACCCUCUUUUCAGCAAGUGAAUACAUUGUGGUGAUAUGCAACAUGGGAUUCCAUAUGACUUCCUUCUGGGACUUCGCAGACAAGGCGCUUUAUGUUUCAAACCUUCAGUGUGAAAGCACAGAGGACAAGGAACGACUGCUGCCGUUGAAUCAAGAUGUUUGAUUGGUUGUGCCACAGAGAAAAAGAUCCUUGAACAGGAACAUCAGCAUUCCCCUAGCCUCAAUGUGCUGCGUGUCACUGGACAUCUGCACAUUACCAGGAAACCAAAAAAUUGCCACUGAGACGUCCAGCACUUUCUUUUCAGAUCUAAUUACGUACUUGAAGAUUCUACGACCAGAGGCUUCGACUUUGCACACGUAAAUAAAACCCUCUAGGAUUGUCCUUUCCACUA